UCUUAUCCAGAUGCUCCCUCUCCAGCCGUGGCGACGUGAGGGGUCCGCGCCGCGGGCGCCUACCUGACGGCUCCGCGGCUCCCGACGCGGCCGACUGCGAGGCGCACUGCUGCGAGCCACCGGUCAAGCCCAACGGUGAAGCGGCCAAGGAGGCGGCGCUGGACGGCGUCGGGAUCCACCAGAGGAGGGGCUCCGCCACCAGAGUGACGACCAAGGAGGAGGAGUACUGCUGCUUCAACUCGGCAGACGAGAAGGAGGCGGCCAUGGACGAGGAGUGGAAGAAGAGGCUGUGGAAGACGUGCGUCUACGCCAUCACCUUGGGCAUGCUCGUCGCGACGCGGGGGUGGAGGACCCCGUGCGCGUCAGCGUGGGCGUGAACCACCAGCGCACGGCGGCCGAUCCGGUGGACGCGGAGCCGUCCCGGGCGGCCAUGUACGACCCCAAGACCAACUACACUUCGCGGCGGCCGCGGUUCCUCCACUACAAGCCCAACCCCCGCGUCGACAUCUACCGGCACGGCCGCGCUGGCGUCAGGCGCCUCGAGGACGGCUUCGCCGCUGCCUCCGAGAGCAGCGACGAGACCGACGCCACCGCCACCACGGAGGACGACCCGCUCGCUGGAGAUGAAGACCUCAUGGAGGAGGAACAAGAGCAAGCACAUCAGAUUCACCUGUCCGAGGAGCAGUCAGCUCUCACCGCACCAUCCGAAGAUGUCGUCUCCACCGAGGCUUGCGUCCUGGCGCCAGAUCCCUUGCUGGGCUCGCCGCGGCCUCCUCCUCUGUUGCUGUCAUCGGCGACUGCUGCGGUGACGCCCGAGCCGGCUCGCGUCUCUGCACCGGACCCUACGGCGACUCCUCCACGAGCUCGCGCAGCACUGACGCCAGAGCCUGAGCUUGGGGUGCGAGCUCAAGAGAAGAAGGAGAAGGGAUCCGCGUUGAGGUUCAUGUUCCCCCUAGCCUUCAUGCUAUUCAUGUGUGCUGCUUCUGUGUGCGUGCUGCUGCAACCAGAUUCCCCGAUCAUGUCGAACACCACCUUGUCGAUGGCGUCCAGCUUUCUGUCAGUUCAAGAAUCACACCCUGUGGAGUUGGCUGCUUGGCUCAAGCAAUGGUCAAGCAGUUCGUUGGAUUCGAUCACGUCUUACUGGGAGGCUUUGUCUUCUACAUCCACACAAGAACAAGACUACUUUGGCCCCCACUUUGCAACCAACUGGAGUGCUGUAGCUGCCGAUGGUGACCAUGGUGCCGCUGAUUUCUACUACAACUUUGCUGGCACGUGGCCAGUGCCAAGUGAAGAGACUAUAAGCAGCGCCAAUGCCUUCACUGCAGAGCCGGAAGGUGAUGUUGUGGUGGAAGAAAGAUCUGAUGCAUCAGACUACUACGACAUGGUAGUAGAUGAGUUUGAUGUCGAAAUGUCAGAAGAAGCUCCAGGUAGCAGCUAUGGUGGUGCCGGUGUCUUGGAGGAGCAGUUGAACAUCCAGGAUGCAGUUUCUGAAGCAAGCAGUGCUGACUUGAUUGCAGAAUCAGAGGGUGUUGUUGUAGUGGAAGAAGAAUCUGAUGCAUCAGGCUACUCCAAUGCAGUAGACGAGCUUAAUGCUGGACUAUCAGAAGCAGCUCCAGGCAGCAGCAAUGGCGAAGAGAUGGCAUCCUCCAGUCAGGAUCUGGACACCCCAUCCCAACCCACUGGGCAGCGUGAACAAGAUGUUGAGAGUGAAGAGCCCGAGGAGAACCACGGCUGUGGCAAGGAGGUCUAUUAGGAUGGAUUCUUAUAAUUUAUUUACUAAUGUUUGUUGCAUGGAUGAUGUGCUCACAUACUUUUGGAGACCAUGGGAUCAUACAAUUACUUGCAG